GGCGCUUCACACUGGGCUCGGCUAAAAGCGGCCAGUGACCCCUCUCCUUCUUCUCUCUGCUAUAGUUAACGGUGGGUACUAUUUUCUUCAAAUUUUCUCGCGUCGUCUGUGGAAUGGCAUGUCGGAAUAUUUGUACAAACAUGCCCGCAAGUUGUAGAAGCAUGCUUGAGAAAAGCGCACUUUUGGUGAUCACCCAUGGAUCGGAGGAAAUGGAAGCCGUGAUAACCGCUGACAUUUUGCGACGUGGCGGGGUUGAUGUUACUAUAGCUAGCCUAUUGGAUGAUAAUUGCGUCACGUGUAGCCGCGAUGUUAAAAUAUGUGCGGAUGCCAAGUUCGCAGAUGUCAGUAAGAGUCAAAAGUACGAUGUGGUGAUAUUGCCUGGUGGUUGGAGUGGGUCAACGGCAUUUGAAUCGUCUGUGGCAUUAGGAGAUCUAUUGAAGGAACAAGUAAAAGAAGACAGAGUGAUAGCAGCUAUUUGUGCAGCUCCUAUAGCUUUGAAAGCUCAUGGUAUUGGCAAAGGGAAGAAAAUUACUUCUUAUCCAUCAGUAAGAAGUGAAUUGGUUGGCAUGUACGAUUAUUCAGAAGAUAGAGUGGUGACGGAUGGUAAUUUAAUAACAAGCAGAGGACCGGCAACAGCAUUUGAUUUUGGUCUGGCUAUUGUGGAAAAGUUGCUGGACAAAGAGACAGCUUGUAUGGUGGCGAAACAAUUACUGUACACAAAUUACUGUUAAACCUUCUCGAUAAAAUACUAUUUCACAAUAGUACAUAUAUAAGAUACAAAAGUGUAAAAUUGUUAGUGUUAUAUUAUUAUAUGUUUAUAAUUUUAGGAGUAACAUUUCCUUUUUAGUAGGAAGAAAGCAAUAUGUAACUAUUCUUGAUGAAGAAACAGAAACAAAUAUA